AUGCUUCGUCCCCCCCAGCCCAAUCUGCCUGGUGGGCUUCUGAGCCUAAACACUGUAAGGCACAGCAGCAGCAGCACUCCUCCUCCUCCUCCUCCUCCCUGUGAUAGCUCCACCAGAAGACCUGGGCUUCCAUGUGCUCCAACCUCCACCCCUCACACACCCCCUGCUCCAGCUCUCAGUGUGCAAGCUCCUUACCAUCCUUCACCGGCAGAAUGGUUUGAAGAGGAUGGUCCAGAGGAUGUUCUUCUUUCCUCUCAGGAUCCGACUACAAAGCAAUGUGAGGAACUUCUCAUAACCCUCUUCUUUCUCUGAAAAUCUGCCAGAUGUGCAAACCUCAACCUUUUCAGCAGUGAUGGUCAGUUCACA